CACAACAUUAGCGCCAAUGCUGAUCGCCCUCGGAAUCUGGGACUUCCGCUGGCCACCAUUCUGUGCUGACAUCAUCUAUGAACUCUAUAGAAAAAGUGACACCGGCGAAUAUUUCGUCCGGGUACUUUACUGUGGCGUGGUGAGUCCUACAGGAGAUCAAGUCUUAAGUGAAAAAAAGUACAUUGACAUUGUAUUCGAACAUUGCGUCAAUGUGUAGCUAUUUAAUUAAAGUGUCUAGUGUUUAGUUCGAAAUGAAUAUCCUAAAGUCUUCGCUAUAAUAUAUCUCAAUAUUCCCUAUAAUUUCUCAGAAUGUUGCUAUAAUAUCUAAAUGUUUUUGCUAUAAUAGCUCGUAAUCAUUGUUAUAAUAUAUCAUGGUCUACGCUAUAAUAUCUCAUAGUCUACACUGUAAUAUUUCGUGGUCUACGAUCUAACAUCUCAUGGUAUGCAAUUUAAUAUCUCAUGGUAUACAUUUUAAUUUAUCAUGGUCUACGCUAUAACAUGUUCUCGUCUCACUUCUGAUAAACAUUCCAUCACUCCUGUCCUUUCCUUAUAAUUAUUAAAUAUUCAUAUCAUCAUUUUAGAGUAAAUUGCGGCUCCAAGCCUGCAACAAAUCCACCCUUUCACAAUGUCGCGUAUUUGGUGAAAACCAGUCUAAAUCUUAAGCAAAAAAAAAUUUAUAAUUGACUGUUAACAUUGUAAGGCGUGCCAGUGCGUAACGCAGUGUAUGUCUACUAUUCCUGGCAGCCCAGGAGAAUUGGUCAGCAGACCCGUGUGCUUGUCCCCCUCGAUGAAUUCAGACGAACCGUACAACCGUACCUUAUAAUACCAGGUCAGCAAAGGGUGGAAUGUUUGAAUCAGAUAGGACCUUACUUUGCAGAUCAGUACAGUGAUGCUUGACGUUUUAUGAGUGACAAAAACACACCCAUCACACAGAGGUCACUGUACUAUUUAUUUUUCUUGACGGCAGAGCUCCGCAAAACGAUGUGCCGCGGCAAACUGGUGUGCCGGCGAGAUGAUGCGGCUGCAAAAUGCCUCCCACGAAAGGGAAAACGCACACAGCAAAUUAAGCUUAUAAAUUAAGUAUUUUAUUGUCUACGAAAUAUACUUUUUUUAAGACUGUGACCAUGCAGUGAAACUCAGCCAGUCCAGAAAAAAAAAUGGUUAAUUUAAAGAAGCACAAUGCAAUCCAGAACCUUUCAGAUGCACACGUAACUAUUUAUGUUAACUACAUUAUGAUAUGCAAUAUGUAUUUCCUUCAAUUUUUUUACUUUGGGUUGGCCACGGAAUUUCCUUCAAGGCCAUGGGGGUAGAGCGCGGGGAAAACGUGUUGCUGAGCUCUGCUUUGAUGUUCUAUUUUUAAAGGGUGUGUUGCUUAGGGGCGAAAGUUUGAAAUUAAAAAAAUCCAGAUCGCAUGUCAAUAUCCUUAGAUUUUAGAAUGAAAUAUCUCUUUCUAUUCAAUUUCUCUUAUUAUAAUGAAUCAGUCGUGCAAUGGAUAAGGCUGGUAUUGAAUUUCUAACUCCAGCUUGACUGACUAACCGAUCCAAGUUCAGAAUUAGGGGGUGGGGGGGUGAAUAAAGUUGUACAUUGCCGUCAUUUAAAGUUAUAUUUUCUCUUCCGUUAAACUUCAAACUUAAAAACACAAGAUAAACAAAUACAAGAUGUUGCCUUUAUUACGAGGUGCUUAUCUCAAUCCCAAUGAGAGACAAUAUUAAAUGACUUUAGAUUUAAAAUAUAAAUUCAGGUACAAAAUGUUUUUGGGCCAGGAGGAAUAUCCCAUGUUUCCGGUUUCAGAAUGUCGCUCUUUUAUAUUAACAGCCCCUUUUUCUUCCCAUGUCUGCAUAAAACUCAAGUUUUCCUUCAACAUUUUAAAUAUUUUUUUUCUGUGAUUAGCAUAUCUUGAGGGCUUUAUUUGUCUACACUGUUUAUUUCUGUUAUUUUGAACUCCCUAGGUCGAUAUCAAGAUGCCUGUAAUCUUCAAAACUUCUCCAUUAACAUUUGAUCGACAUAUACGCCUUUUCACUUAAAGUUUCAACACCGGAGUCAGAGCUGCGAUUUAGCAAGAAGAUUUGGAGCUUCUGAGGCCUCCAUCAAACUGAUUGCAUAGAUGUUAAUUAUUUAAUAUAUAUGUGUAUAUAUAUGUAUAUGUGUAUUACAAAUGCUUUUGCAGUAAACAGAAAAUUGUUAGAUUGACCACCAUUUUUUUGUCUUCUCAG